AAACUCUUGAAACUCUCAUCAAGCAAGCAGAAAAUUACACCAGCAUCCUUUUUUGCAACACCUACAGAAACAUGGCAUUGGAGGCCGCUGCUUCAGUUCAGGAAUUCUUCACGGAUGUGGGGCUCUAUGUAUUUGGUGUGGAUGUUAAUCUCGAAGAAUUUGUGAACCGAUUUUUUGAUAGUCUUUUUCCUCUGGUCUACAAUCACCUCAUUAACCCCGAUGUGACUGACAGUUCCCUGGAAUAUUCAGAAUGCAUUCGCAUGGCUUGUCGAGAGGUUAGUCCAUUUGGAAACAUUCCCAAAAGAGUAAUGGGACAGAUGGGGAGGUCGCUGCUGCCCAGCCGCACCUUUCUGCAGGCACUCAAUCUAGGCAUUGAAGUCAUCAAUACCACAGACCACCUACGCUUCUCCAAAGAGUGCAGCAAAGCCCUCCUGAAGAUGCAGUAUUGCCCCCACUGCCAGGGCUUGACUGUCAGUAAGCCAUGCAUGGGGUAUUGCCUUAAUGUUGUGAGAGGCUGCCUUGCUAACAUGGCGGAACUUAACCCACAUUGGCAUGCUUAUAUUCGGUCCUUGGAAGAGCUGUCAGAUGCUAUGCGUGGUGCUUACGACAUUGAGCAUGUGCUGCUGAACUUCCACCUGCUUGUGAAUGAUGCCAUUUUGCAGGCUCAUCUCAAUGGACCACAGUUACUGGAACAGAUAAAUAGGAUUUGUGGCCGCCCAGUAAGAUCACCUACUCGAAGUCCUCGUUGCUCUUUUGACGAGAGCAAAGAGAAGCAUGGGGUGAAGAUCUCUGCGAGGAAUGGCGAAGAGACGCUGGCCAACAGAAGAAAAGAAUUCAUCAAUAGCUUGAGGCUCUACAGGUCCUUCUAUGGAAUGCUGGCUGAUCAGCUCUGUGUUAACGAAUUAGCUGCAGCUGAGGGGCUUCCCUGCUGGAAUGGAGAAGACAUGGUUAACAGCUACACGCAGCGUGUGGUUGGAAAUGGAAUCAGAGCCCAGGCUGGAAACCCUGAAGUCAGAGUCAAGGGAACUGACCCUGUGAUACAUCAGAUUAUUGAUAAACUGAAGCAUGUUAUUCAGUUGCUACAGGGCAGAUCAGCCAAGCCCAACAAGUGGGAGCUUCUGCAGUCUGGCAGCAGUGGCGGCGGCACGCCUGAACAAGUGAGUGGGGACUGUGACGAUGAGGAUGUCUGUGCAGGAUCAGGAAGUGGAGAAGUCAAGAGGACCUUAAAAAUCACAAACUGUGAGUGUAUCAUUCCAAUUCUACCUUUAAGAGUCUGGUUUGAAAUAUUAAGGAUAAUAGUUAUAAUGAAUGUAAGAAACAAGGGCUGA